AUGGCUCAGCCUCCGGGGUUUGAAGAUCCAACUCAUCCUGAGUUUGUAUGUAAACUGCACAAAUCUUUAUAUGGUUUGAAACAGGCCCCAAGGGCAUGGAAUGAAAGGUUCACCAAUUUUCUGCCUUCUCUUGGUUUUGCUUCCACUUAUGCUGAUUCUUCUCUGUUUGUUAAGCAUAUUGGUACUGAGAUUGUGAUUUUACUACUCUAUGUUGAUGACAUAAUUGUCAUCGGCAGUGCUUUUUCUGUCAUUCAACAAGUCAUUGACUCUCUUACAGUUGAAUUUGAUAUUAAAGAUCUGGGAAAUCUGCACUACUUCCUUGGCAUCCAAAUUGAUCGAAUUGGUACAUGUUUUUUCUUGUCUCAGACCAAGUAUAUACAAGAGUUAUUACAGAAAUCAGAAAUGGUUGAUUGCAAGUCGUGUGAUACACCUUGCUUGCCUUACAAUCGAUUACUCAAGGAUGAUGGUUCUCCUUUUAACAAUCUUGCAGCUUAUCGAAGUAUAGUAGGUGUAUUGCAGUAUCUUACUUUCACCAGACCGGAUAUUGCUUUUUCUGUUCAUCAAGUGUGUCAGUUUAUGCAAGCCCCUAUGAUUUCUCACUACACUGCAGUCAAGAGAAUAUUGCGAUACUUAAAGGGUACUAUGACCUUUGGUAUAUCAUAUUCUGCUAGUGACUUACAGUUAAAAGCUUUUAGUGAUGCAAAUUGGGCUAGCAACCCUAAUGAUCGAAGAUCUACAACGGGCUUAAUUGUGUUUUUAGGUGGCAAUCCCAUUUCCUGGUCAUCUAAGAAGCAGAAUACCGUGUCACAAUCCUCUACAGAGGCGGAAUAUCGGGCUAUGUCUUCCACUUCCGCUGAACUUGAUUGGAUCCAACAGCUUUUCAGUUUUUGCACAUCAAACUUCCAACAGCUUCAGUUCUCUUUUGUGACAAUUUGUCCACCAUAG